CUCUGGGUGCCAAAUUGUAUAUUUGGAGGCUCAUAACUCUAGUACACCGAAAUUAUUAGCAUUUUAGCAGGAAAACUCUGCACAAAUUGAUAAACUCAACAAUACUCUUGCGAUUCGAGAUGUUCGGGUAGCCUGGAGUUCACUCAUUGUUUUCGAACAUCAUCCCUAAUCUAUCCGAAGCCCGUAGAUAUUUCUGUCCUCAGUAUGGCUGACGCCAACGCCAGGUCUGUCCCGCUUGAAGGUUUCCCACUUGCUAUCAUCUUGAUUUCACUGGUAUUUCUCUUCUUCGCUAUAUUCAGCGUGGCGGUCCGCACCUACAUCCGGCUCACUGACAAGGUGUUCGGCCUGGACGAUGCAUUGAUGCUGGCCGGCUUGUUCGUCUACAUUAUCGACACCAGUCUCGCGGUGCGUGGUGUCACUGUGGGUAUAGGCUCCAAGAACGACCGCCUCAACUCAUGGCUGCAGGCUGAGGCGCAGAAGUUCUACAUUAUCUGGAUUACGAUAUACGUGAUCGGAGUCGCCUUAAUCAAGUCGUCCGUGUGCACCACCCUCGUACGUAUUGCAGCAAAGGCCCAUCGCGUUAUGCGCAUUGCCGUUUGGGGGCUUCUCGGGUUAACAUGGGCGUCGUUUUGUGUCACAUUCUUUGGCAUCCUAACUUUCUGUCGACCCGUCGAGGCCAACUGGAACACAGCCUUGGUUACAGAAGGAAAAGCCACCUGUGCGAGUACAGAAACGCUGAUCGGCAUAAGCCACACAAACACUGGCACCAGUAUUGCUACCGACUUUGGCUGUAUGGUUUUGCCGGGCUUGUUAUUGUGGAAGACGCAGAUGAGAACAAGGGCCAAGUUGCGAGUGUUUGGUCUUUUGUCUGUUGCUUCGGUUGCAUCCCUUACGACAAUUGCUCGAGCUCCCUUCAUCUCUCGUUAUAAGGAGCCAACUGACAAUCUCAUGUACUACAUUGGUUUUAUCGUUUUUUUGUCUUCUAUCGAGACUGGCAUCGGCUGCAUUGCCGCUUCCUUGCCCUCUGUCCGCGGUCUCUAUUUGCGCAUCCGUGGGAAGCAAGACACACAAAAGUCAGCGAGCACUCCAAACGCGAAAUCCUUAGUGACCAUCGGUGGUGGUAUUGCAGGAGGCCAUAAUUCAUCGGGCAACAGGGGUGCGUUCGCCAAAUCCACUGACCGAGCCACUACUACAGCGUGUGUUGGCGGUGGAGCGGGUGACUGGGAGCGUCUACACGACGACGAUUCAGAUAAAGGCAUAUUGCUUGAUGGAAGGAGUGCUGGAAUUAGAGCUGACUAUAGUUACUCAGUUGAGUUGGAGCCGGUGAAAAGGAAUAGGCCCGGAACAUCUGAUUACUAG